AUGACUGUCUUCGUCAUCCCGAUCUGGCUUUUCGAAUUCUGGGAUGCGUUGGGAUAUGGUGAGGGUCUGGCUUUCCUCCGCGAUGUCGCGGCCUUCGUUCGACUACGUCCACAGAGACUGGAAACAAGUUUGGCGGGUACGCAGCCGUCGUGGAUCGACCGUGUCUGGAUCGUGCAAGAGUUCCUACUGGCGAACAAGCUUUACAUCUGUUUCGGGUCCGUGCGGAUGAAGUACGACUGGACCACCCUGUGCGGAAUGUAUCACACCGCAGAUCUAGGUUUCGAAUAUGACAUGCCUCCCUUCAAGCAUCUGAUCGAUCGGCUUUCUCCCUAUGGUUUGCUGAAGAUCCAGCGCACGAACGGAUGGUCACAGCACCGGAAGCCAGAUGUGCUAUCAAUCAUGCUCGCGACACGGCAGGCAGAGGCUACACACCCCGUGGAUAAAAUCUGGGGCGUUUUUGCGCUGAUUAGCUCGGAGGGGCAGUCCAAUAUCAAGUUGAACUACACGAUGCCCAUCAGCGACGCCUACAUUCAAGCGACUUUUGCCUCCAUGGACUGUAUCGGUACACUAGACAUCUUACAUCUUGCAGGUCUUGGUCAGAGCAAGAUCGAAGGACUACCCACAUGGGCCGCAGACUUCACGCAGAGUGCGACGAAACUAGAAUUCGCAACGCAUGAGCCGUGGCUCGAGACUCCCAAGCUACCCGGCUUGCCCGGCCUACCAGUCCAUAAUACAUUCGAAGAGAAGAGACUAGAGCCAUCGGAGGCUCCGUUGUGGGUUCCAAGGGUGCUGCGAGCAAAAUCGGUGAAUCGGAAGGCCUGGCGAGAAUGCUCGAAGCUGCCAAGCAUCGUUUGUGCUGAGCAGGAGACUGAGGGGAAAGCCAAGUUCUUUACCACUACGUCCGGGUUUCUUGGUCUUGGCCGCGGGGAUGUGCUUGAGGGCGAUAUCGUGGUUGCUGUGCCAGGGGCUAGACUACCGCUUGUACUGCGACGGAGGGAGGAUACGUCGAUGUUCACGUUCAGGGGCUUUGCUUUUACUCAUGGUGUUAUGUUCGGCGAACUCAUGAGCAUGAUGAUUGAUUCGGAGAAGAAUGGCGAACUGGACAGGUUGAUGGAGGAUUUCGUUCUUUGCUAA